AUGGAGUCACCUUCACCUACCAACAAGGUGCAACUCCAGAGGUUACUGGGCAAAAUUAACUUUUUGAGGAGAUUCAUUGCUAAUUUAGCAGGCAAGAUCCAGCCGCUGACUCCUUUACUAAGGUUGAAAGAUAAAGAGAAAUUUGAAUGGGGACCACCACACCAACAGGCCUUUGACAGCAUCAAGGCCUAUUUAACUUCUCCACCAGUGUUGGUGCCACCUCAAAGGGGAAAACCCUUGAAACUGUAUAUUUCUGCCUCUGAAAAGUCAAUCGAGAGCUUGCUAGCCCAAAAUAAUGAAGGCGAGAAGGAGCAGGCAGUGUACUACCUCAGUAGAAUUCUGACCGAGGUAGAAACAAGGUAUUCCCCGGUAGAGAGAUUAUGCUUGGCUUUAUAUUUCACUGCCAGAAGGAUUGGGAAAUGGAUUCUAGCUUUAUCGGAAUUCAGUUUUCAGUACGUACCCCAAAAGGCAGUCAAAGGUCAAGCAAUUGCGGACUUCCUGACCGAGCAUCAAGAAUCUUCAAGUGAGGCGAUCAAUAUCCCGGGAAGCUUAGAGGUUACUAGCAUUUGGAUCCCGCCGAGAAAAGAUAUUUCAGGCAAAGAAGACUGGGUCCAGCAAGAGAUAAGAAGAGUGGCUGGUCUCUGGAUCACUCCUUGGAAGUUGUAUUUCGAUGGAUCCCACACUCAGAAGGCUUCAGGAGCAGGAAUUGUAAUUGUAAACCCUCAGGGAGUUUAUCAUUAUUAUUCAUUUCUCUUGGACUACCAAGGGAAUACUAAUAAUCGGGCAGAGUAUAAGGCCUUGAUUAUUGGCCUGGAAAUCUUGAUGGAUCUAGGGGCAGUAGAGGUGGAAGUCUUUAGGGAUUCAGAGUUGGUAAUAAACCAGUUAAAUGGGGAGUUCAAGUGCAGACAUAUUACCAUGGCGGGGUAUUACUUGGCAGCUAUGCAAUUAUUGAAUUUCUGGGAUUCUGAGAUAUCGGUCAAUCAUGUUCCCAAGGAUUCCAAUUUAGCGGCCAACGAGAUGGCACAACUAGCCUCAGGAGUGCCAAUACAGGAGAGGAAAUAUGGGGUAGAUGUCGAGAUCCAAAGAAGAAACCUCCAUUCCAUCUUAGAAAGGGGAUUCAGUCUAGAUAUAAUGGUGCUAGAGGCCGAGAUAGAAGAUUGGAGGUCACCUAUUAUUCAUCAUUUGAAGGAUCCUUCCUCGCCUACAAGCAAGAAGGAUAGACAGCAAGCAACCAAAUAUGGGGUGCCCGAAACUAUUGUGAUGGAUCGUGGACCAUCUUUUAUUUCAAAAGAAGUUGAGGAGUUUGCAAGUAAGUACAAAAUAAAGAUGAUCCAGUCCAGUCCAUACUACCCGCAAUCUAAUGGCCAGGCAGAAGCCAGCAACAAGAUCCUGGUCAACAUUAUCAAGAGAAUGGUGAUUGAUAGCCCAGAAAAAUGGCAUGAAAAUCUGGGGAACACUUUGUGGGCAUACAGAACUUCUAAGAGAGCAGGAACAGGGACAACUUCUUAUGCUUUAACUUUCGGGCAAGAUGCAGUGCUCCCCGUGGAAAUCAAUAAGAGAUUUCGAGCCAGAUUUUAUAGAGCCCCAGGGGAUAGUUCAAAGGUCGUGAGAAGAGCAAGGGGCACGGGGUUGCCUUCAUCCUGUCUAGAAAACACGAAGUUCCAAAAGAUUGAGAUGCACGCAUGCGGGUAUUCAAUCAAUGAUGGUGCCUGGGAUUCCAACCUUAGCAUUGAUUGA